GGCGUUUCACAGCAGAGUGGCGGAAGCGCGAAGGGAGGCGUGGCGGUUUUGCUUUACGGCUGGCCGCGGAAUGAGCCUCUACGACGUAUUUCGGGGUUUCUUCGGCUUCCCCGGGGAGCGGAGGCCCCGCGACCCCUUCUUUGGGGGAAUCACACGGGACGAUGACGAUGAGGACGAUGAAGAUGGCUUUGGGGCGAGGCACCCCGGGGACUUUGGGUUCGGGUUCACAUUCAGCCUGGGCGGGAUGCGUUUCCACGACACCUUCGGGUUUGACGAGCUCUUCCAGGAUUUCAACAACCUCUUCCAAGAGAUGGGAGUGAGGAGUUUGCCUUCUGGGCCCUUUGAUUUCCCAGAGCCACCGGCACCAUCACCUGAGAAGAGGCAGACUCUGCGGGAUUUCAUGCUGAAACAUCCGGAUAGCCAGAGGUUCGGCAGCAGAGCCCUAGAGGACGACUCAGGCCCCACAGCUCCAGAGAGGAGACCCUGGCAGCCGUUCCAAGGGCUGCGAGAGACUGAUCCACCUCUCCCAGAACUGAAAGAUGCCCCAAAGGAAGACAGAGAUCUGGACUCGCAGGUCACGUCCAAAGGGCUCGAGACUAUUCUUCCACCAGCCCAGCCCCGGUCGUAUUUCAAAAGCGUCUCAAUCACAAAAGUGGUAGCACCAGAUGGGACAGUGGAAGAGAGGAGGACGGUGCGUGACAGUCAGGGUCACGAGGAGACAGUUGUCACCCGCCAGAGCGGAGGGGAGCCACGUCCGGGAUUUGACGGUGGCCGGCAAGGAGACUCAGGAGACCUGUCACCCUUCCGUUCACGCCCCGGAGAGGACCUAGGCGACUCCGCUUCCAUCCUGGACACCUUUUUCCGCCGUUGGUUCUAGAGCCGAUAGUUCUGCCUGGUGGGUGGCCUUAGAGGAAGGAAGGAAGGAAGAGAAAGAAAGAAAGAGAGAGAGAGAGAGAGAGAGAGAGAAGAAAGAAAAGAAAAGAAAAGAAAGAAAAAGUCUGGACAAAUUCAUGAAAGGUGAGGCUUUCAGUGACUACCAGCCACAAAGAUUACACUCUGUCGAGGCAGCAAAGGUUUGGACUACCAGUUUCUGAAAACCGCAGGAGGGGAGAGUUUUGUUCAGGCCCUGUUUAAGGGUUUCCUACAAGCCACUGGUUGGACUCGAUGGGCCAUUGGCCGGAUCCAGCAAGCUCUUCUCAGGCUCUGUACCUGGGGCAGGAGGAGACACGUACCAGAGGUGGACGAGGCCCAAGGCAAAAGAGGGUGGAGCAAAAAUUCAAAGUUCCCCUUGGUACAGUAGGCUGCAUUCGGUACACACUCGCUACACCCUUUCCCGAUCCUCCACCCAGGGAAGCAAGAGGCAUGGUCAGGUUUCAAGGGCAAAUUCCAGCCAGGCAAGAACACGCAAGGAAGGGCUGAAGAGGGGGCGGGGCCUGAGAAGAGGGGGCGGGGCCUAGCAAUGGCAGAGGAAACCGCUCGGGCACCUGGAGCGGCAAAAAUGAUGUGCACCCAGAGCCAUGCCGAUCCUCCCGGGGAUGCCAUCAGUGGCGCGACAAUCCUCCCAGGGGUGCCAGUGCUGCUCGCCGAUCCUGCAAAUAUGCCUGGCGCAUGGCGCUGACCGCCGCGAGGGUACAUCCCUGACGGCCAGCGCCGCACACCGGGCAUAUUUGCACGACCGGUUGGCGGAGAUUCACUACGACGAUCGUGCCAAUUGUGAAAAUCCGCCCACCGGGAGUGCAAGCGCCGCCACGCCGAUCCGCCCAGGGGGAUUUUGUCACCCCCCUCCCAGGCAUGACAGCCAGGGUGGACCGCACCCUCCCCACCCCUCUUGCAACAUCGCCUGGGCCUAGGGAGAAUCUGUCAGGCCAGAUAGAGAUGGAGAGUUGCACCUGACUUCCAGACCUGAGAUGUUCCCCAUCCCUGGUCUAAAGAUACCUGUUCCCUCCCGCAAAACCAGUCACUCUUGCCGAUUGCCAGAUCCUCUUCCUUUGCCCUCGUUAAUCACCCUCUUGGGCUCUUUAAUGUCUCUGAAACUUGGUUUUAAUUAGUGACUCAAUUUCCCUCCAAGCUCUGCCAGUAGGCGUGGGGAACCUUUCCCAGCCAGUAAAGAUGGCUGCCAUCUUUGUCCUCAGCCCACACGACUCUGCAUACCAUCCUACAGAAGUGCCCAGAGGCAAACUUCAAAAAUAAAACCUGUAUAUUCCA